UACUUACCCCAAUGGCUCAACUCCCUUCCUUGGGGGUUUUGUCGCCAGUGGCCUCGGGACCUCGUCUGCUCCUCAUGGAACCCCCGCUCCUUUGCCCUCAGAUCCAUCCUUCCGCGGACCCAACCCUACGAAUAUCCAGAUGGCACAGCUCUGGGCUGCUCACCAUGAAGGUUAUUCACACUUGCCAAGUAGCCUUUACUCUCCCUAUAUUCCCCUCGGUCACUUGGAGCACCCGGCCAGCAGCAGCCCCAUCCUGGCACAGCUCACCCAGCACAGCCUGUAUGAGGCUCAGAAAGACGGGUAUUAUUUACCCAGCCAUGCAGGCCAAACGUCCCUCCACACUACAACCCACCCCCAGGCCGCCAUCUCGCGAACACCAACAAGCCACGCCUCCAUCCUGCGGGAGAAGGAGAUGUGCCACCCUCACAAAAAUGUGAAAGAGGUGGAGAAGUAUCUGGGCAGGGAGGCCAAGGAGAAACUGUACAGGACUGAGGUCAAUCUCAACAUGGGUAAAAGAGAGAGGGACAAGGCCCAGAGGGAGGAGUCGGCCAGGCCCAGGAGCGUAGUGGACCUCACACAAGAUGCACGGACUGAUAACGAUCGGAGGAUGCACGCCCUCGACAAGCCUAUAAAGACAGCGGAGCACCUCUCCGGCCUUCACAGCCAUGCCCACCACUCCCCAAACCGGGGUCUGGGAGAACAACCAAAGGCUAAGAACCCUCUGCAGACCUUGUCUCUCAGCAAUUGUAACAGCGGCUCCAGUUCCUCGCUCAGACUCUCGGGACACGAGCUAGAAAGGUGCGGCAAGGACUCAGUCAAGCACGACGAGAACAUGAGGCCUCUGUUGCACGUCCCCACAGACAAGCCCAGGAAGUGCGAGGCGCUGCCCACCUCCAUGGGCUCGCUGCCCGUUCCCUGCGGCUGCCCCAACUCCCACCCCUCCCAGACUGUCCGCAUCCCUUCCUCCAGCACAUUCCCUCCUCUUCCCGUCCAUUCCAGCCUCUACACCAUAUUCCCCACUGCCAGGGAGCCGGGGAAAGAACAUAAAGUCAUUGCACCCACCUUUGUGCCUUCCGUUGGGUUUUACGAUGACAGAAAUGGGCCCAUUCAGAUAGCUUCUCAGGCGAGAGAUAAUAAAAACGACAAAAAUAAAGACAAGGACCUUGGUAAAAACGCCGGCGACAGAGCAGGCAUUUUGCAGUCCACCUGUGAAAGGACCCCGACUGAGGCCUCCCGAUUAAUGCUAACACAGGACCUGCCCACGCACUUGGACCUCAAACGGGUAGAGAGCGUGAGGGAGGAGGGGUCGGUCAUUCGGUCUAACUCUUUAGCCACAAAGCGGCCAGUGAAUUGCGAGGUGUUUGUGAGCAGGGCAGGCCACAGUCCGGCCGAGAUUCGAGGCUUGAACAGCGCGGUGUCAUCAUUGUCUAAGGACUUGGUCAAGUCGGGUUUCGAGGCCGAUCAGAGGACACAGGAGCGGGAGAGGUUCCAUAGGUCUGGUCUGAAGGAUUCCUGUAAAGUGUACAACGGCAUGGACGUGGGCAGGCUGCACUUGGAGCAGGCACAGCUAAAGCGUUCCGGCACUCCUGAGACCAAGUGGAAGCCGUUCGAGAUGGCCACUUACGCCACCACCCAGAUGGCGGCCCUGGCAGCUCAGCACAGUCAUGGGCUGCGUCCCGAGGACGAGCAGAAGAAGGUGUUCCUGGACCCCGCAACCCUGCAGCGACCGGGGGGGGUGGGGAACCCCAGCGAGGUGUCCGCCAUGCAGAGCCUCAUCAAGUACAGCGGCAGCUUUGCCAAGGGCUCGGCGGGGAGGUCUGGCAGUGGCAAGAAGAGCCCGUUCGGGGUGGGCAACAUGAAGAACGACCCACACGGAGCCUCCAAGUUACAGCAUCUGCCGCUCCAGCAGCUCAGCAAACAGCUGAAGAGGGACCCGGAGAGGCCCGAGAGUGCAAAGUCCUUCGGGAGGGAGGGCAGCGGGUCUCAGGGCGAGGUGGAGGUCAGGCACCCGCCCGUGGGCAUCGCAGUGGCUGUCGCCCGCCAGAAGGACAACAGCAGCAAACCCAGCGCUGGGGUGAUGGAUCGUGAUCGCUCGCUCUCCAUGAACAGUAUGAAAGGACACGGCCGUACGGAUGAGGAGAGAAGUGAGGAUCGUCACCGGCACCGGGAGGAGCACCUCAUCGCCCGGGAGCAGGAGAAGCUGCUCAGGGACAGUAAGGAGAUGGUGGAUUUUGCCCGGAUACACCCCUCGAGCUGCAGCACCACUAACCUGAACUCUAACCUGAUGGUGAUGGGAGGCCCAGCUCUGGCUGGUUCAGGACGCUGGCCUGCUGACCCCACCUCACACUUAGCCACGCACCCCUGGCUCCCUCGCACGGGCAGUCCCUCCAUGUGGUUGACGGGACAUCCUUACGGACUAAGUCAUCCAUCGUUACACCAGGGCAUUCCAGCUGGAUUUCACCCCAGCAUUCCCAGCUCUAUGCCAUCAGCGUACCAGCUCGCCAGAGACCCUCAGUCUGGGCAGCUGGUGGUCAUCCCAACAGAACAUAUACCGCACUUUGCUGAGCUGAUGGAGCGAGCUCCCCCACUUUGGCCAGCCAUGUACCCAGGGCCUGCGGGGGGCUCCCUACAGCACGCACACCAGCUCCAGCUCCUCUCCCACCAGCAGCUCCUCCGCCAGCACGAGCUGUAUGUGCUGCAGCAGCAGGCUGCCCACGCCAUGGAGAUCCAGCGCAGCGCACAGCUCGUCGAAAGGUUGAAGGCCACUGAGCACAGGAGUGAAAUGGAAGAGAAAGUGUGUAAGAGAAGUUCUGAGGGAAGCAAGUCUGGCCUCAUGAUGACCUGCUCCUCUUCAGGAAUGUUACACAAGAGACAUCCGUGCCAUUCCCCAGGACCAUCCACCUCCUACAAUAAAACUGUCACCCCACCUCUCCCUGCCCACGCUCCCUCUCCCAUGUUGAAACUGAAGUCUGAUGCCAGGCAGGAGAUGGAGGAAGCUUUGCCCCCACGACCUUACCACUUACCGUCUCCGACAUCUCGUCCGUCCAGCCCUCCCCAGGCCUCGCCCCCGCCCACUCCCCCUCUGCCCCAGAAAGAGGAAGCCUCCCAGGAACCCGACAAGAAAAGCUUGGAGAAGGAGGCGUCUGCCUCCUUUCAGGCCUUGUUUCCCGAGAUUGCGCCAGGAUAUCCUUAUCAGUCUCUCCCCACAUCGUUCGGCAGCCACUACCCUUACCUGCUGCAGCCGGCGGCUGCAUCGGACGCUGAUGGCUUGGCCCCGGAUGUGCCCCUGCCAGCCGAGCCCUCUGCGCCCAUGCCCUGCUCCAUCACACCCUCCUCGCCAGGCGCCAAGCCCAUUCGCCUGCACUCCCCAACGACAGAGGAGCACUUGCAGGCCACGAUGGACGCGGAACCUAUUGAGACCAAAGUGGAACACGAAGACCUGAUUGAACUUGAGGAGAGCAAGACCCUGUGUGAUCAACACGCGGAGCUGCAGAGCAAACCCCUGCCGUUUGUGCGGGAAAUGAGCAGUGAACCAACGAACUUGACCACAGAACCCAAAGUCACACCUGUCAUGGAGAGCCAAGAAGAUGCCCCAGGCUGCCCAUCAACUUAUAGGAUGCUGGCUUGUGCUCCUCAGUUGGAGGCUAAGGUUGAGCUUCAACAGGUCCAGGACAGCUCACCUCGAAUAGACUUUGAAGACACUUUGGCACAGUCUGAAAUGGACAUCUCAAAGGUGGAGGAACUCGCACACCACAACGAGCAUUGUUUCAAAACCGAGCGAGUGGACAAUGAGAGUAGUGGUGAAGGUGUAUUGCAUGGUGGGCCUUCAGAAGUUACAGACCAUGCCCUGGAGAACUUUUGUGACUUGAAAGAAGAACUGCUGCGGUUUCAGAUCCCCGACGUUGCGGUCCCGGACAUCAAGCUUGAUGACCCGAUGGCUGGGUUGAAUGCCUUGAUGGCUGCGGUGGAGCUCCCUCAGGUCUCAUCGCUGCCCAUUCAGACCAUCACAACCACCGUCCUCACAAUGCCUCCUGACUUCCAGGUGGCUGACAGCUCUGCCCUCAUCGGCAUUGCCCUCCUCAGUGAAAUAGCCGAGCUUGAGCUGGAACGCCGCAAUUCCAGCGAGCUGCAACGACUGGAAGGGGGUGAGGUCCACCUGGAUUUGGAAAGCCUACUUGCUGCCAGCACACAGGUACUGAUGAUGGACGCCAUGACUAACAUCAGCACAGAUGUUCUGAAGGACACACAUUGUGGUGCCCCGAUGAUCAGACUCUCUCGUGAGCUGAACCCUAAUAAACGCUACAGCUGGAUGCAGAAGAAGGACGAGCCGAUGUUCUCCAUUAAAUCUGCCAUCGAGGGGAUGGAUGCCAUGGAGGUGGAUUACAGGAUGAGGUUGGCAGAGCUACAGAGGAGAUACAAGGAGAAACAAAGGGAGCUGGCCAAACUCCAGAAGAGGAGAGAUUCUGAGGAAACCCGAGAUGAGAAAAGCAGGAGUUUGGGGAGGAGGGGACCUGGAAGGCCACGAAAGAGGAAACACGGCUCGAGUACUGCUUCACUGUUUGUCGAUAGAGGGAAAGGUGACUACAAGAGUGGGAAGCAUUUGAGAGGAUUCCUGCUGUGUGAUGAGAUGGAGAUGGGCGAAGGAGCCAGAAAAAGAGUCAAAGGACUGAACCAGGAUGAAGAGGAUCAGCUGGAGAGCGUGAGCGUGAGAAUGAAAGGGAGAAGUCAGAUGUGGGAUGAUCACAACGCCUCUUCUAGCUUUUACCUUGAGAGCCACGUUAAACCCAAGAAGAGGAAGGUCAGUGAACAGGACCAGUUGGCUACCAAGCUGCACCAAACGCUCUCGCUAACUAAACUAAAGUCACCCUUUAAGUUUGCAGAUGGUUCCAUGGGGAGGCAGAAAUGUACCUCCAUGGACAACUGUCGGCACCUGGGCAACCCCCACGAAGAUUUUCUGAGGAGAGACGGGAGGAAGGCACUGCACAAAAGCACUGCCGGCUCACAGCACAUGCUCUCCUCCAAAGAGAGCAAACUCAAACUGGCCGUCAAGGGCAAGAAGAUGGAAUGCAGCUCGAAGAUGAAGGGUAGGAUGACGCCUUCUCACUGUCCAGCAAGGUCUGGGCUCAGCAGUUACUCCUACCAUACUGACUCGGAGGAGGAUGAGGAGGAUGAUGAUGAGGAGGAGAUGGUAAAAGAUGACUGGCCAAUGCAGUCCACCUCAAGCGCGUCCGAGCGAUCGGGCUCCAAACAGAAGGCGUCCGCGCUCUAUGCCUCAAUAUCAAAGAGAAACAAGGUUUCGCUGGUAACAGCGCAGACCAAGAGACUAGUGUCUGCUGCAGGGACUAUCAGACCUAAACGAGCAACCGAGAAGACAAAACUCAAGCACUUUGCCUUGCUGCUGGAGGAGGCUGAGGCUGGAUCUUCCUUUAGCGACAGUUCGGACGACUCAUUCAACCAAGAUUCCACCUCUGAGGAAGAGGACUACAGGGACGAUUGCAGCGAUGGUCUGUCCUCUCCCGGGCUGGACGAGAGUGGGCUGGGUCUCCUCGCCAGGUUUGCUGCCAGCGCAAUGCCCAGCCCCAUCAUGACCCCCCCUGUGUCCGUGGUUCAACUGGAGGCCAAACAGAAAGCCAAGAAGAAGGAAGAAAGACAGAGCUUGAUGGGUACUGAAUUUGAAUACACGGACUCUGAGAGCGACAUCAAAAUCAAACAGAAGCUGCCGGGUUUCCUCAGGACCAAGAAAUCCAUACAGGAGCAGAGUGGGAUCAUUCCCAGCAGCUGCCCCGAGCAGCAGAGCCCAGACAAGCUGCGGGGGGUGGAGAAGGGGGAGAAGGGUAAGAGAGUCCGCAAGCUGAAGGAGAAAUUCCCCAAGGAGUUCACCUUUGACUUUGGGCCCGAAGUGAGCGACGAUGACCUGUGGAACCGGAGGAGAAGCGAGAGGAUAUUCCUGAAUGAUGUGAGCACGUCCGCCAUGCUCUCGCCCAGCGCUCCCCUCUCCUCCCCCCCACCUGUCAAGGCCAGCCGCUGUGUGAAGACCCCAACCCUCAGCCCGAAGAAGGAGCUUAACAAGGUGAAAGACAAGAAGAAGAAAGGGAAGGAUUUGCAUCCCUGUUUACCUUCGCCCCAGUUAGCGAUUGGACUUCCUGAGGCCACAGUCAGCCUGACCUGCAGCUCAAGCCCUUGCAAGAAGAACAAAGUCAAAGUAAAACCAAAGGAUGGGAAGAAAGAGCAGGCUCGCUCCAAGGGUGGCGCUGUCAGUAAACUGAUGGAGAGCAUGGCAGCCGAUGAGGACUUUGAGCAGAAUCAAGACAGCAGCUUCUCUGAAGAUGAGAACUUGCCGCUAAGCAAGCUUACAGAGAGGCCUUCAACACCAGCUCCUCGCUCUUGUGUGAUCGACAAGGACGAGCUGAAGGAUGGACUACGGGUCCUGAUCCCGAUGGAUGACAAACUGCUCUACGCUGGAUACGUGAAAACCGUCCAUUCCUCCGAUAUAUACCGUGUGGUGGUGGAGGGGGAGAGAGGGAACCGUCCUCACAUCUACUCUUUGGAACAACUCCUUCAGGAAGCGAUUAUUGAUGUUAAACCUCCCUCGGUGAGGUUCCUGCCUGAAGGUACCAGAAUAGCUGCCUACUGGAGUCAACAGUAUCGCUGCCUGUACCCGGGAGCUGUUGUCACAGGAAGUCCUGAUCCCGAUGAAGAUGAAGAUCUGAUAACAGUGGAGUUUGAUGAUGGUGACACCGGGAGAAUCCCUCUUUCCCACAUCCGCCUCCUGCCUCCAGACUACAAGAUUCAAUGUGCAGAGCCAUCGCCCGCUCUCCUCGUCCCCAACACCAAGAGACGAAGCAGAAAGUCCAGCAAAGACACAGUGGACGGCAAAGACACCUCCUCGAUUCAGGCCCCAGAGAGCGUCGCAGCUAAAGCCAAGGGCCGCGGGAGAAAAGCAUCUGCCAAGAGCAAAACGGGAAACGAAGCCGUGGCAGAAGAUGGUGCCGAGGUGGUGGGAGGGUCUGAGAUCCAGAUCAGCGAAGACCCCCAGAGCAAAGCAGGGCUGAAGACCAGGAAGAACGUGCAGAAGCCGAACUCCGUCGGAGCUUCGUGCCAGACGCUGAGUGAGAAGAGGAAGAAGAUGGCCAAAGCCAAGAUGGUCCCCAAGUCGAGUGCCCAGCUGCAGACCGUGUACCCGCCUCCCAUCUUUGGCAAUGCUCUCGGUGCGGAGACCUACAGUGACCCGGUGGGAGCGCUGGGCUCGUUCACUGUGGCAGAGAGCUCCGGGGUAAAGGCCAAGGUGAGGAAGGGGAAGAAAGCGGAAGAGUCGGUAGAUUUUGGGAACGUGGGCAAAGGUCCGAGGAAGCAACUGGAAGCCGAACUCCUCGUCAAGUUAGAUCACGAGGGCGUCAUGUCGCCCAAGACCAAAAAGACCAAAGCGAUGAUGUUGGAGGAUCAGAACCUCACGGGCAAAAUGGACAAUAAGAUUCUGCUGAACCGGCCGUACACGGCCACGCCUGUGGGCGGCGACGUGAAGCAGAGACUCUCAAAGACCAAGGCGGCCAAAAAAGAGCCACAGAAGCAAAACUCUGCUUACCCCCCGGGGGGCUAUGGUGGUGGGGCUGGUGAUCUGAUCAAAUGCAAAGCCAAGGAGAAGACAGAGGCUGAGAGCAGUGGGAGCAGCAGCAGCAGCCCCGAGUCUGAGGGUGAGGACGAGGGAGAUAGGAACCUGCGAGAAGUUCGAGCACACAGCACCUCCACCAGCUCCAGAGCCUCCUCGCCCAUAUCUUCAUCGUCUCAGUCUUCGUCUUCAAGCUCCUCAUCUUCCUCCUCCUCCUCUUCCUCCUCAUCGUCCACCUCCACCACCGACGAGGACUCGUCCUGCAGCUCGGACGAGGAAUCCGCUUACCCGGCUCCUUCUGCGCCGGCCGUGACCUCUCCCACCCCUCACCCCGAGCCCCUGCACCCCAAGCAGAGCCAGUCGGCCCCCUAUCCCCCAGCCCAGGGGCAGAAACAGAAGCCGCAGUCGGGCAAUGGCAAAGCCAAGCCCAAGAAGCGAGAGGGGAUCCACCUGCCCACGACCAAGGAGCUGGCGAAACGGCAGAGGCUGCCGUCGGUGGAGAACAGGCCCAAGAUCGCAGCCUUUCUCCCUGCCCGACAGCUUUGGAAGUGGUUUGGGAAGCCCACUCAGAGGAGAGGAAUGAAGGGCAAAGCAAAGAAGCUCUUUUACAAAGCUAUCGUGAGAGGCAAAGAGAUCAUCCGCAUCGGAGACUGUGCCGUCUUCCUCUCUGCCGGCCGCCCCAACCUCCCCUACAUCGGCAGGAUUCAGAGCAUGUGGGAAUCCUGGGGGAGCAACAUGGUGGUGAGAGUCAAGUGGUUCUACCAUCCUGAGGAGACCAACCUGGGCAAGAAACUGAACGAUGGGAAGCGCGCUUUGUACCAGUCUUCGCACAUAGACGAAAACGACGUGCAGACCAUCUCUCACAAGUGCCAGGUGGUCAACCUGGAUCAGUACGAGCAAAUGGUGAAAACCAAGAAGUACCAGGACAGCGAGGACCUGUAUUACUUGGCAGGAACCUACGAGCCGACCACAGGCAUGAUCUUCAACUCCGAUGGUGUCCCUGUCAUCUGCUAGUCACAGCCCCAGACAGAGCCACGGCCUGGAAUCCGAGCGUCCUGAAGACAGCCUUGGGGAUUUCCCAACCAGCGCCACUGAGUUGGCUUUCUCUCAUCUGGUCCAUAGCCUUUUUUUCUUAAGAGCCAGAAGCCUUCAGUGACUGCCUCUCAACACUGGUGGAGCUGACAACUUCCCUUAAAGUGGGGCAACUGGGCGAAACGUUGGUAUCACGCACUUACUUGAGAUGAACGUCAAGAGGAUUGGAGCCACAGCGCCCGAGGCUCUGGAUGUCUGUGGUGGGUCUCACACACACACACACCCCACCCCCCCUCUUGGGGACACUGCCUUGUGGCUAUGGGGGUCCCCAGGCCCAGCUUAGAGUUGGGUGGUCUCAGUUUCUCUUCAGACUGACCGACUGACGGAACCUCCACUGAGCUUCAAGCAUGUUGGAAACACAAAAAGACAAAAGUUUUAGAAGAGAUACUAUAUAAUUGUAUUUUUCUACAGCACAGUAAUGCUUCCUUCCCCAGCCUCAAUGUGUUGAGCUGGGGGGAAUAGGGAAGCCCCUUUAUGUACAGUAUGUCAGAAUAGUUACUAAUAUCAAAUACAUAACUAUGGAGUCUUUUUUUUGUAAGAAUGACUGUGAAAAUAUUAUCUAUGAAAGAUAAGAGAGGGGUUUACGGCCCUAUUUAUAGCGCG